AAAAACAAAAAACAUGAGAGACAUAAAUAUCGCUACACACCACAACUCACUCCUCGCACACAUCAUGGCCGACGACGAACAACCCCAGCCCAAAAUGCAAUGGGUCGUCGACAUCGACAACGAUCUCGAAAAUCUCCCCAACACCUCGGCCGAGUCGGCCCACUGGAGCAAGCGCUCCAUCUACCGCAUCCCGGCCUCGGUGACCGACGUCAACACCCGGGCCUACAAGCCCCAGAUCGUCUCCUUCGGCCCCUACCACCACGGGAGCGUCCACCUGAGGGCAAUGGAGGAGCACAAGCGCCGCGCGCUCCUCCAUUUCCUCAAGCGCUCCAGUAGGCCCCUCCAGGCCUACGUGGACGCCCUGGCCCCCGUGGCCCAGGACCUCAAGGACGCCUACGACCAGCUCGGGGACAAGUGGCACAACGACACGGCCAAGUUCCUCGAGCUGAUGAUCGUGGACGGGUGCUUCAUGUUGGAGAUACUCCGUGUUGCGUGCGCCACGGACGCCGGGGGCUCGGGCGUCCACCAGCUCCCGCCCCCGCCCACGUCCUGCAUCGGCCACGCGUGCUGGCCGUGGACCAGGGCGCAGGCCCCGGUCCCCAGCCAGCAGGCGCCGGCCGAGCGGGCGGCCGUGGUGAGAGACUACGCGGAAAACGAUCCGAUCUUCAGCAAACACGGAAAGCUAUACAUUGUGCCGUAUCUAAAGCGGGAUAUGCUGAUGCUCGAGAACCAGCUACCGAUGCUGGUUCUCGAGAAGCUCGUGGCCGUGCAGAAUGACAAGUCGCUCAAGGACUGCAGAGAUCUGACCAAACGCAUCCUAAAAUUCUUCCAACAAAACAUCAAUCACGCCAAACACCUCCACGAGUUCAACCACUGCCUCCACAUCCUAGACAUAUACCGCAAGAGCCUCCUUCUCGAGGAGCCUCGCGCCAAGAAGCAGAAGGCGGGGGCCGCGGCCCCCGCCCACCAGGGCGGGGACGACAUCAUCCGCUCGGCCACGGAGCUCAACGAGGCCGGGAUCCGCAUCAAGCGGAGCAAGUCCCGGAGCCUCAAGGACAUCACGUUCCGCGGCGGGGUGCUGAGGCUCCCCCUGAUCGUGGUGGACGACGCGCUCGAGUCGCUCUACCUCAACCUCAUCGCGUUCGAGCGCUUCCACGUGGGCGCGGGCAACGACCUCACCUCGUACAUUUUCUUCAUGGACAACAUCAUCGACAGCGCGAUGGACGUCAGCCUGCUCCACUCGUGCGGGAUCAUACAGAACGCGCUCGGCAGCGACAAGGCCGUCGCCAAGCUGUUCAACUCGCUGUCGAAGGACAUCACGCUCGACCCCGAGAGCAGCCUUGAGCAAGUGCACAAGCAGGUAAGUGAGUACUGCCAGAAGCCGUGGCACCAAUGGAGGGCUAACCUCAUGCACACCUACUUCACGAAUCCGUGGGCCAUUCUCUCGGUCGUUGCCGCCAUCUUUCUCUUCGCCCUCACCAUUGUCCAGACUGUUUACAGUGUCUUAGGUUACAUCAAUCCACCUGCUUAAUGCUUGCCAUUUCUCUUCACGUCUUGGUUUUCUUGCCUUGUUUGUUUGGCUUGGGAUUUUCUUUUCUUUUGUGUGUGUGUGAACGAAUGUGAGGGUUGGAGCAAAUCCUUGUGUGGUUAUUACUUGAAUUGGACAUGAUGUGAGUAUUUUUUUA